AUGCCCCUGUUGCGUACCCAGGUGCAUCUGGAUGCCCAUGCCUGCAACUGGUCUAGUGGUGUUCCCAUAGCAACCGCCAACAGCAGAGUGGAAUGCGAUUUCUUCAAUCAGAUCAAGGGUACCUCCUGGGAGACUGUGGUCCAGCCCAUGACCACGACCUUAUCUGUGCGCCCGUACUCUAUAACCAACGGUGGCAUGUGUGUCAUGGUAGACACCACUGAGCGGAUUGAGAUGACCGUAAGCUCAUCGCUCACACACGCGCUGCUCAAGUGGUCAGAGGCCAUUGCCACGCCCCUGCCAGUCAGAGUCAAAGACAUCACAUACCGAUGGUUGCGUACCACGGAUGUGCCGUGCAAG